AUGGCAGAGGGGGCACAGGGAGAGGAGGUGAGGAGCCUCCCCAGCACCAUAGCAGCAACAGUAGCAGCAUCCAUAUGCACUGCCUGCCAUAGCCCACAAAGCCCACACUGGCCUCAUGGGCAUUGUUCUAGCUUUGCAGCCUCUCUGCAAAAGUCGUACUCCAUCUCUCUCUCCUCCACCACCUUCAGUUCACUUCCUUAUUUGCACAACUUCCGAGCUGCCAGCCUUGGCCUUCGACCCACACCAGGGCCCGUGGUGACAUCUCUCUGCUCAUGCUGCUUCUUUUUGUCUGCCACCUCUUGUCCUCAGAACCAAGAGGGUGGCAGGACCUGCUGA